AUGGCUGACAAACCUUGGUACAUCCCCGAGGAAGCCAUUACCGACUGGUCUCCCGACCCCUUGGCAGCCGGCGGCUUUGGCGAGGUUUUCACUGCCUCAUACUAUGGCGCCCCUGUCGCCAUCAAGCGACUCUAUCGAGGCUACAAUCAGGGCGAACUCAACGACUUUGGUCAUGAGAUUGCCAUCUGGCACCGACUCAGCCACCCCCAUGUCCUUCCCCUCCUUGGUGCCUGCGACACCACCGCCAGGCCUUUCAUGGUCUCGCCGUUCAUGCCCAAUGGCACCCUCCAUAGCUACAUUUCCACAGCACCCAAUCCCCGACCACUUGGCGAGAAGAUUCGGCUCCUCUACCAAGUCGCCUCUGGCAUGGCCUAUCUCCACGGCAACAACAUCGUCCAUGGCGACCUCAAGUCUCUCAACGUGCUACUUGACACUGGGCUUGGUGCUGUUGUGACCGACUUUGGCAUGUCCCGGACCAAACGUACCUCCACCGCGACGAACCACACACGCCGAAAUGAGCCUAUGGGUGGAACCCUUGAUUAUAUGGCACCGGAAAUGCUGGACGAUGACAAUCCAGUUGGGUCUUCGAAAUCUACCGAUGUGUAUGCGUUUGGUAUCACCAUGUACGAAGUCCUCAACAACUGCAAGUCCAUCUGGGUCACCGCUGAUGGCCAGCCAAUGAGGGAGAGGGUCAUUGAGUCUCAAGUUCUUCGAAAUCAUCGGCCCAAGCGAGUUGUAGACAUCCCUGACAACAUUUGGGCCUUGAUCGAACGCUGCUGGCAUCAAGAUUCUGCCCAACGGCCCAAGUUUCUCGAGAUUCUG